AUGUCGCGCCGGAGAAUUUCAACCGCAGCACCGGCGGUGGAUAAUAUCAGCAGUUUACCAGAAGUGAUUCUGUGCCAUAUUCUAUCUUUCCUCCCCACCAAAGAGGCAGUUGCAACAAGCGUUUUGUCAAAGCGAUGGACAAAUCUAUGGCACUCUGUUGACACUAUCAACUUCACAGACAUCCAAAUCCAUAGAUCCAAAUCCAAUUACACUUUCAACGAAUCGGUUUACUCCGUUUUGGUGUCUAGAGAUGCUGCUGCUGCCGGUGGCUCUCAUCUCAUCAGCAGUUUCUGCCUCAAAAUUUCAUACAGUAACCAUCGUCUCGCACAUCUCAGUUUACCCAAUAUUAUCAAAUGGAUUAACCUUGUUGUUCAACGCAAACUCAAACAUCUCAGUGUUGAUAUGUGGAAUGAAAUAGAGAACAAAGUGAAUCAGCCACAAUGCCGUUAUGAAGAGGUUACUAUCUUUCAUAAUUUGACCCAGUUGAAGCUCUACGAUGGUUUUAAUUUGGCACCACAAGUGCUCCAACAGUGCCCUAAGCUUCAAAAUCUUGAUCUUUACCGGUAUGAAUCAGUGGAGAACGAAGAAGAUGAUCAAGAAAAUUGGGUGGAACCUGGAUUUGUUCCACAAUGCUUGUUAUCAUCCCUUAUAACUUGCACUAUUCAUGAUUUAUCAGACCUACCAAGUGAUUUUCUAUUGGCAAAAUAUAUUUUGAGAAAUGCCAAAAUUUUACAAACUAUGACAAUUUGUAGCUACGGGGAACCGUCGGAAAUAGAAAGGAAGUUGUUGUCAUGCCCAAAGGCCUCUGCAACAUGUCGACUUCUUGUUUCUUGAUAACAUAUAGACUAUGUAAGUAUUAGUUUCUCUAUUUGGCUUGUUUCAUUAUCUUCAACUAUGCAACUGUUUGGUUUGGUGGUUUUAACUAUGAUCUAUUAUGAAGGCUGUAACUCUCUCACUUCUCAAUUUCUGAAAAAAUCAUCUUUGAAUUGUUUACUCAAUACUCGUCUACCUACCUGUUUAUUUAUUAUCCUGUUUUUUUUACUUCAAUUAG